AUGUUCCACCCUCACCGCAAGGCCACCCUGCUCACACGCGCCUGGCUGGUGCUGGUGCGGCUGUUCUCUGGCAGGAGGCCGCUGCUCUUCUCCUUCCAGGCCUCCCUGCCGCGCCUGCCGGUGCCAGCCCUGCACAGCACCGUCACGCGGUGCCUGGAGUCGAUGAGGCCCCUCAUGAACGAAGACUCUUUCUCCCAGCUUGAGUCUCUCUCUCGGGACUUUGAGUCCGGACUCGGACGGAGACUCCAGCGGUACCUCGUCCUCAAGUCCUGGUGGGCGAGCAACUACGUGAGUGAUUGGUGGGAGGAGUAUAUUUACCUGCGGUCGAGGGAGCCCCUGAUGGUCAACAGCAACUACUACGCCAUGGACUUCCUGUACGUGACGCCCACGCACGUGCAGGCGGCACGCGCCGGGAACUUGCUGCACGCUGUCAUGCUGUACCGGCGUCGGCUCGACCGCGGGGACAUCAAACCCCUCAUGUUGCAAGGCGCCGUGCCCAUGUGCUCUGCCCAGUAUGAGAGGAUGUUCAACACAACCAGAAUCCCUGGAGUGGAAACAGACACGAUCCAGCACCUGCGUGACAGCCGCCACGUGUGUGUGCUGCACGCCGGCCGCUACUUCCGCUUGCGCCUGUACCACGACGGGCGCCUGCUGGGCGCGCGCGAGCUGCAGCAGCAGGUGCAGGCCAUCCUGGACGACCGCUCACAGCCUCGCCCCGGGGAGAGGCACCUCGCCGCACUCACCGCGGGCCCACGCACGGCGUGGGCGCGAGCGCGCGAGUCGCUCCUGCGCUCGUCCCCGCGUUCGCGGGCGGCGCUGGAGGCGGUGGAGCGCGGAGCGUUCUUCCUGUCGCUCGACACGGAGUCGCACGGCUACCAGCCGCACGAGGACGAGGGGGCGGGGGGAGCGUCGCCCUCCUCGCUCGACCGCUACGCCAAGAGCCUGCUGCACGGCAACUGUGACGACCGCUGGUUCGACAAGUCGUUCACCCUCGUGGUCUACGCCAACGGCAAGAUGGGGCUCAACGCGGAACACUCGUGGGCUGACGCCCCUAUCGUGGGGCACCUGUGGGAGGUGGUGAUGGCGACCGACUGCUUCACGCUGGGCUACACGGUGGACGGGCAGUGCCUGGGCAGCCCCAACCCGCGGCUGCCUCCACCCCAGCGGCUGCACUGGGACAUCCCUGAGGAGUGCGAGCUGGAGGUGGAGCGCUCGCUGGCGCUCGCCCGCACGCUGGCGGACGACGUCGACUUCCACUCCUUCGCCUUCGAGUCGUUCGGCAAGGGGCUGAUCAAGCGCUGUCGCUCGUCCCCCGACGCCUUCCUACAGCUCGCCCUGCAGCUCGCCCACUACAGGGUGACUCGCUCGCUGCUCACUCGCUCGCUCACUCACUCACUCGCUACUCACACACUCACUCGCUACUCACUCGCUCGCUCACUCGCUACUCACUCGCUCGCUCACUCGCUACUCAGCUGA